UAUGCCGAACGAAUUCAUUUUACAAUAAACAUCACAUCCUGAAAAGAAAUACAAUUCUAAAACAUUGAUUGGUAAUUGGAAUGAAGAAAGAUGUGAACCAAACUCAAAAUACUCAACAUUUUAUAAAGAAUAAAAAUUUGAGAAAAAUUAAUAUAAUGUGAGCAAACUUACAUAAGUAUACUUUGUCAUUAUUUUAGGAAUCAUUUAUGAAGUGUUCAUAAAAUUGGUUAAACUUUCAAAAAAAUUAGCCUAAUCAUUUCUAAACAACAAAUUAGUAAUCAAAACAGUUAUAUUUUUACUAGAUAAGAAUUCAAGAAUCCAAAAGAUUAAUAUCGAACUUCUGAACUUAAGAAAUUUAUUAUUAAAAAAGGAGUUUUUGAAAAGAAUCCCUAGUAAAUGAAUGACUACAGAAAUAAGUGGACUUCAGCACCUCAUUUUUUUGAUAGAACUUAUCUUGGGCAAUAAAAAUGAU